UAGGGAUCUGUUUUCUUUCCUCAAGUUUUUCUUAUUUUCGCUUCCUUGUCAGACUAUGACAUAAUACGAUCAGUGAAUUGGUUCUCGAUUUAGUCAUAAACAUGCAUUAUUAGUUUUAAUUUGAAAAAAAAAAAUAGAAGCCUGUGGUUUAGAUUAAAUCCCAGAAAAAAAAAGAUAUUACAUGCGUCAGCACGUACGCUGGCAGAGGUGAUAUUCGUUCCGCUCCCCAGUUCUCACCUCAGUGCCCACCCACCGAGCCCGAAGAUGAUUAGAGUCCCAGUUGCCGCCCAGUGUACGAAGCAGUGAAAUAACCGUUUUCGUAACAGUCCAGAGUGACAGUGAAGCUACGCAAAGCAUAACUUCCCUACUCCUUUUCUCUUCUCAUUCUUUUGUGCCACUUUCUUCUUACCUUCGCCAAUUUGGACACAUUAUCGAAAAAAGACACACCACCCCAACCAAAACGCAUCUAUAUUCAUUCAUUCACUCACUCAUCCACCCACCUUCUCUCUGGCUUCUCAUUCGCAUUCCAAAGAUGACAGUCACAACCGGAGGCGCCGUGGGUGUUCAGAUCCAGCAGCAGAGUAGAAUAGUGCUGCCAGAUUUCCUACAGAGCGUGAAUCUUAAGUACGUGAAAUUAGGGUACCACUACUUGAUCUCCAACCUACUCACCCUAUUCCUUGUUCCCUUGAUCCUCAUCACGCUAAUCCAAGUCUCCCAAACCACCGACCUUGACCAUCUCCGCCACGUGUGGCUCCACCUCCAAUACAACCUCCUCACAAUCCUCACAUGUUCCGCUUUCUUAGUCUUCGGUCUCACGCUCUACGCUGUCACGCGCCCACGCUCCGUCUACCUCGUCGAUUUCUCCUGCUUCCGCCCCGCCGAUCACCUUAAAGCCCCCUUCCACAGCUUCAUGGAACAUUCUCGUCUCACCGGCGACUUCGAAGAUUCCUCCCUCGAGUUCCAGCGCAAGAUCCUCGAACGCUCCGGUCUCGGCGAAGAAACCUACGUCCCCGAGGCCAUGCAUUUCAUCCCUCCUCGCCCUUCCAUGGCCGCCGCAAGAGCCGAGGCCGAACAGGUCAUGUUUGGCGCCUUGGAUAACCUUUUCCUUAAUACCAAUCUAAAACCUAAGGAUAUUGGUAUUCUUGUCGUCAAUUGCAGCUUGUUUAACCCCACCCCAUCCCUCUCUGCCAUGAUUGUUAACAAGUACAAGUUGAGGGGUAACAUCAGGAGCUUCAAUUUGGGUGGAAUGGGGUGCAGUGCUGGCGUGAUUGCUGUUGAUCUUGCUAAAGACUUGUUGCAGGUUCAUAGGAACACUUAUGCUGUUAUUGUUAGCACUGAGAACAUUACUCAAAAUUGGUACUUUGGGAAUAAGAAGUCCAUGCUUAUUCCCAAUUGCUUGUUCCGCGUUGGAUGUUCUGCACUGUUGCUCUCUAACAAGCCUGCGGAUAGGAGGAGGGCGAAGUAUAGGCUUGUACAUGUUGUGAGGACCCACCGUGGUGCUGAUGAUAAGGCAUUUCGGUGUGUUUAUCAGGAGCAGGAUGAUGCUGGGAAGACUGGGGUUUCGUUGUCUAAGGAUUUGAUGGCGAUUGCUGGUGGAGCUCUUAAGACCAAUAUCACCACCCUUGGCCCCCUGGUGCUCCCUAUUAGUGAGCAGCUUCUGUUUUUCGCUACUUUGCUCAUGAAGAAGUUGUUUAAGGCUGAUGUGAAGCCUUAUAUACCGGAUUUUAAGCUUGCUUUCGAUCAUUUCUGCAUACAUGCCGGGGGCAGGGCAGUGAUUGAUGAGUUGGAGAAGAACCUGCAGCUGCUCCCUGUGCAUGUAGAGGCUUCUAGGAUGACGCUUCACCGAUUUGGGAACACUUCUUCAAGCUCCAUUUGGUAUGAGUUGGCUUACAUUGAAGCCAAAGGGAGGAUGAGGAAGGGUAACAGGGUUUGGCAAAUUGCGUUUGGAAGUGGUUUUAAAUGUAACAGUGCUGUUUGGCAAGCACUGCGAAAUGUCAGGCCAUCUCAUAAUGGACCCUGGGAAGAUUGCAUUGAUAGGUAUCCGGUGGAAAUACUCACAUAGAUCAGAUCAGUCACUUACUGGUUAGACACUGAAUUCAGGGUACCCUUCAUUGGCAUCCAGAUCCGUUGUCCCAUCCUUUUGUGCUAUUGUAGAUUUCAUCGUGUAAUUCACUGGCACUUUUGUGUUUGAUGAUUGUUGCUUUCCAUUUAGUCAGAUUUGUGUAUCUGGAGUUAUAUGAUAUGGGGAAUUCCUGAUUUUUUUCUGUGAAUACUUCCUUCCUGAUUUUUUAGCUGCAAAACAUUGCCUUUCUCAUGGUGUAUAAUGUGCAAGUGGGUAAUGUUAUAUCCUUUCACAAUAACCUCCUAAUACUCGUAUGAAGGAAGGUAUUGAACGAAAAGAAAUACGUAAAUGUGUUUAAUAUCUUAAAAAUCUUAAAUAAAUUCAAUAUUUCCAUAAUUUAAUAGGAAGGUUGGUUAGUAAGAAGAAUAGAAAAGGAUGUAGGACUUAGAAUUGUUCUGCCCCCUAUGCAAGUCUGUUAUGCUCGUCUUCCAGACGAUUUUUCCCCUCUUAAAAAUGUGCAGUGCUUGUAAUUAGUUACAUACUUGAGAAUUCUCUGGCCUUCUCUCUAGUUAGUUGUUGCUGCACCUUUCACAACACUUUUCUGGCACAUUUGGUGAAAUCAGUUUAUGUGCCACCCGAGUCUGGAUUAUGAUCUCUACCACCAAUUCAUAUUAACCACGUAUUUAUUACUAAAUAAAUAUCGCGAAACGAAGAGCAUGAUCAGUUUGUUUGAUGAAGCUUACAUGAUAGGCCUUAAAUAUAUUAAGUCAAAUAAAAUUCCAUUUCCUGCUAGCUUUAUACAAAAUACUUUAAACAUGGUUCCUAUAGAAAUUUUUUAACUAAUUUUUUAUUCCCUCUUUAAUAUAAAUGAAGUUUUUAUCCUCUCAUAUUAUUUAUCAAUAUGAUAUGAUCAUGUUAAAAAGAUAAUAUAAUUUUUAUCAAAUAAGAUUUCAUCUUGAUUGAUUGUAGAUCCUUUAAUUAAAGUUGAUAAAUUUUAUGUCUCUCUUUCUAACAUUAUUAUACUUAAUAGCAUGAAAAGAUUAUAUAAAUCUACUAAAUUACCUAAAAUUCAUUUGCUUAGUGAGCACUCUUAAUCUUAAUUAGGGUACGUUUGUGUGGCUUUUAGAUUUCUGUCACUACGAAAAAAUAAUCCAAGCGUAUUAAUACGGAAGAAUAAUUGCAUCAAAGUAAUCACAACUGAUGAUCUUAUUUUGGAAAGCGUGUCAUGAUGAGACACCCUAAAGUGCUAUUUUGUAAACACUUUUAAUUAAAUUCGAACAUCCCAAAUAAAGCAUACAUUGUCUCCGAGCUACAGAAAAUGCUUUCGGGUGCACUACCAGUAUUUACAGCAUACCAGUGGAAUAUUGAGUGUGAACAACCUGAGAAUCAUUGCAACUUUGCAAGUCUAGACAUGUACGUGACGUCCCCCUGUGACCUCAUAUUCUCAUUUCACGAUACGCCUCCUUGGAGCAUCUACUUUACAAGUUGUUACAACUCAUUUCCCUCUGUUAAAUUACGUGUUGUGCUGACACACAUUACAAUAUCAAGUCUGUGGUUGAGAAUUUACUCGAUUUCAACAAUACAAAAAGAGAAACGCCCCGAGACACAUUUCAGACUAGUGGAGAAAAUUUUUCCUUUGAUACGGUUGUUUGAUUCCCUUCAACACGAAGUUAACACCACCCAAUACAUGAUUCACUUUCCUACAACUUAAACUUGCCGCAAACAACAACAAAAAAUCCAAAUACGUUUCAGCAAAGGAGAAAAAAAUACCUUAAACCUACGUUACAUGGAUGCAGGUACGAGUAUUAAGCACGAUAACAUUCAAAUCGUAAAUACGAUAAAAUUUGAAAAUGUUAAAAUGAGUAUGACAACAUAUAUUAAGUAAAAUAUAAUUAUAUCUGUGAAUGUCAUUUUAAAUAUUUUAU